CAGCAAUACACACGAUCGACGCUGCCACGUCAAAGUGAUUCUGAGUGAAUGAGUGGCAUUUUUAGGCAUUUGAUUUAGUUUCGUCUUCCGAGAAGGCUCAAUUCAUAGGGCAAUUCAUUUAGUUAAAAUGCGUAUUAUUUUAUUCGUCACCUUGGCCCUUCUGGGCUUUGCUCUCGGAGACGACGUUGCCACAGAAGAAAAUGUUCUUGUCCUAACAAAAGGAAACUUUGAUAGUGUUAUUUCCAGUACCGACCACAUUCUUGUUGAAUUCUAUGCGCCAUGGUGUGGUCACUGCAAAUCUCUUGCGCCGGAAUAUGCCAAAGCAGCCACCAAGCUUUUGGAGGAAGAAUCUCCUAUCAAGCUCGCUAAAGUAGAUGCUACACAGGAACAAGACCUCGCCGAAAACUAUGGUGUGAGGGGCUACCCCACACUCAAAUUCUUCAGGAAAGGCAGCCCUAUUGAUUACACAGGAGGCCGUCAAGCUGAUGACAUUAUUGCUUGGCUGAAGAAGAAGACUGGACCUCCUGCUGUAGAAGUGACUUCAGCUGAACAAGCUAAGGAGCUGUCUGCCGCAAGCCCAGUUGUCGUCUUUGGUUUCUUCACCAACAAGGAGUCUGAGAAGGCUAAGGCUUUCCUCAAUGUUGCUACUGUUGUGGACGACCAAGUCUUUGCUAUUGUCAGUGAUGAGAAGGUCAUUAAAGAAUUGGAAGCUGAGGAUGAGGAUGUUGUUCUGUUCAAGAAUUUCGAAGAGCCACGAGUCAAAUACACUGCAGAGAAGUUUGAUGAAGACCUGUUCAAGACCUGGGUGUUUGUCCAGAGCAUGCCUGUUAUCGUUGAGUUCUCCCAUGAGACUGCAUCCAAAAUAUUUGGUGGACAAAUCAAAUACCACCUCUUGUUAUUCCUUUCCAAGAAGAAUGGCGACUUCGAGAAGUAUUUGGACGACUUGAAACCCGUAUGCAAGAACUACCGUGACAGGAUCAUGUGUGUCGCCAUUGACACCGAUGAAGAUGACCACCAAAGAAUCCUUGAGUUCUUCGGCAUGAAGAAGGAUGAAGUGCCAUCAGCCCGUCUUAUUGCUCUGGAACAAGACAUGGCCAAGUACAAGCCUGCUGUCAAUGAGCUAUCCGCCAAUACUGUUGAGGAAUUCAUCCAGUCGUUCUUCGACGGCAAACUGAAGCAGCACCUGCUAAGCGAAGACCUGCCUUCCGAUUGGUCCGCCAAGCCCGUGAAGGUGCUGGUAGCUACUAACUUCGAUGAGGUGGUGUUCGACAACUCCAAGAAGGUGCUCGUCGAAUUCUACGCGCCUUGGUGCGGUCAUUGCAAGCAACUGGUGCCCAUCUACGACAAGCUGGGUGAGCACUUUGAGAAGGAUGAUGAUGUGGUGAUAGCCAAGAUUGACGCCACUGCCAAUGAGCUGGAGCACACCAAGAUCACAUCCUUCCCCACCAUCAAACUGUACACUAAGGAUAACCAGGUGCGCGAUUAUAACGGUGAGAGGACGUUGGCCGGACUCACCAAAUUCGUGGAGACUGACGGCGCAGACGCCGAAGCUGGCCCCUCAGUGACUGAAUUGGACGAAGAGGAAGAAACACCAACCAGAGACGAGUUAUAAGCACAAUGCGGCCAGUGCACUCUUAUGAGACUUCCAUAGCAUAGUUCUGUAUAGAUAUAAUAAUUACUUUUAUACUUAAUCGGACACUUCGCAUUUCGUUUGCCCAAACUGUCCAACUGUUCCCUUAAAAAUUGUGUCUUGGUUGUAUCUUUCAAAGCAUUUAUGAAACAUCUUUGUUAGCACUCGUUGAUAUUUAUAAGAAAAAUACUCGAGGUUGAUCCGUUGUCGAGUGGAGUCGAUCUCUCACAUGUGCCCAAUUAAUUUAUUCGGUAAUAACUUAUUACGUAAGAACGCAGCAUAAUUAAGUUUAUGUACAAUACGUUGAAUAUAUUUAUAAUUUCUGUAUCAUAAUGGUUAUAUUAUUUCACAUUCCUAAGGUACAUGAUUCAAUUGCAUCGAACAAGUUAUUUUCAUUUUAUUUUAUUAUUAUUGUGGAUAUUAUAGUUAUUUUU